AUGAAAAAUACCUUGAGCAUACCACGAUUUUUGCUACUCGUUGUCCUGUUUCUUUCCAUAACACUUUUUAGAACACUGUCUUCCUUUGCCUUCCACCUCAGUGUGUCUGUUAAGUUGCUUCAGUCGUGUCUGACUCUCUGUGAUGCUAUGGACUGUAGCCCGCCAGGCUCCUCUGUCCAAGGGAUUCUCCAGGCAAGAAUACUGGAGUGGGUUGCCAUGCCCUCCUCCGAGGAUCUUCCUGACUCAGGGAUCGAACCUACAUCAUUUUACAUCUUCUGCAUUGGCAGGCAGUUUCUUUACCACUAG